AUAUGUUUAUCCCGAUGAUUCAGUCUAGUAUUACGCAAGAGUAGAUUCAGGCUUGACUUUUUUAAGGGUAGGUCGCGAUUCUAUAGCACACGUGUAAUCCGCGGUCCGUCGUAAUUAGGGAAAAUGGCUGGCGAUUCGUCGAAACAUGUUUUGACAAUUGUAAUUGAUUAAGUCCCGAUGUUUCACGAAGAAUUACGUCACGGUGAAAAUGCGAUAUACCUGCUGCAUUCUCUGACGUAACAUCUCCUGAAUGGCUAGGUGGAUGUAAAAUCUGAAAAGUUACCAUCGCCAUCAUACUGAGGAAAGAAAGAUUGCACCAUGUGUCUUCUGUAGUUUCUACAAUCAUGGUUUAGACAAAGGGUCAUUAAGGCGAUAAAAUGCCUGUCAGUUUAGUUAAUAAUGGGACAGCAUUUUGCUAGUCUCAGAGAGUUCUUUAGAAUGGAUGGUGAAAGACAAACUGCUGAGAUAUGCGCUAGCGCGCUCAGCCAACCAUUGCCCCUGGAAAUGGUGAAUCGAGAUGUCACCGAGAGUCUGUCCGAAAACGAGACCAAUGGCAAUGUACCUGUAAUGAACUCUAAUAUACUGCCGAACAGACUAGAUUGUAAACUAGAAGGAAAUUUGGACAACGAUUGUUUAAACUUAGAUGUAGAUAACCAUAAUUCUAAAUUCGAAUCUUUGUAUAGUCAACCUGUUGAAGCUCAGGAUACAAAGCAAGUUUGUAAUAAUGGCAAUGUUACUAGUGAAGCAUCGUUUAGACAGCAGGAAGCAUGCUGCAGUAGUUCCAGUGGUAGCAACAGUAGUAGCAGUUCCGAAGAUAGUCCUAUUAAUCCACCAUUGAGAAGAUCAUCUAAAACUUUAUCAUUUGGAAAGAGAAAAAAUAAGCAGCGUAACAAGGAUCAAAGUCCAGUAUGCAAUCAUGUCUUAUCAUCGAAGAAGAAGCGUAGCAACUGGGUGUUGAAAUUUAAUUGCGCCAAGAGCAAAAGUUCCAAAAACACGGACAUUCCUGGUCAAGGGAAUAGUAAUUCAGAUUGCGUAUGUACCGGUUACAGGAGAACCGAGGAGCACCCUAUGGGAGCGGGCACCGUAUUUAAUAGUCGAUCCGCUCCGCAAAGUCCCGUUCUCGGGCCUCUGCCACCUAGCCCCGUAAUUGAUUUAUCGCGAUUUAAUCCCGAAGAAUUUCCUAUGGAAGAUUGUGACGAACGCGCGCGAAUGCAACGCGCUCGAGAGAUGGAGGAGGGUGUCGAACCUCCUCCUGGUUAUAAGCCUAAUUAUCCUACGGGAAUACAAGUUCAUCCUAAUGGAAUAACGGUGGACAGUUUGGCGGCAUUGUUCCAAGCACAUGCCGGUAUUCAAGCUGCCGCUCUCACAGCUUUAUCGCAGAUCGACUUUACAUUAAUUCCAAAUAUCGAAAGACCCGCUCAUACGCAGGUCGAUUAUGUCCACUGUCUCGUGCCGGACUUAAGGUCGAUUACAGCUUGUUCCUUUUAUUGGGGUAAAAUGGAUCGUUAUGAGGCGGAACGCUUAUUGGAGGGCAAGCAAGAGGGUACCUUUCUGUUACGAGACUCGGCGCAGGAGGAAUUUUUGUUUUCUGUGAGCUUUCGCAAAUACGGACGUUCGUUGCACGCGCGGAUUGAGCAAUGGAACCAUAAAUUUAGCUUCGAUUCGCACGAUCCAGGAGUUUACGCUUCCGAAACAGUAUGUGGUUUAAUCGAACACUAUAAGGACCCCUCGUGUUGUAUGUUUUUCGAGCCUAUGCUGACUAUACCGUUGCAUCGAAAUUUCGCGUUUCCGCUGCAGCACCUGUGUAGAGCGGUGAUAACCACACGAACGACAUACGAUGGCAUAAACAAACUGCAAUUGCCAAAGACACUCAAGAGUUAUCUCAAGGAGUAUCAUUAUAAGCAGAGAGUGCGAGUCAGGCGGUUAGACACGGAAAACGAUCUACAGACAGAUUGCAGAUCCAUAUCAUGCUUGCCGAUAUGAGUCUUUCCGUAUUGAUAAAACUUUAUCAUAUGUUGCGUAAUUACAUUUCUUUAUCGACAUUCUGCACCGCUGUAUCAAAUGCAUGCGGUAUGCAUGCAUAUGCAUUGUAAUAUCAGGAAUACCAUGACUUCGAUCCACAGUUACACAAGAUAUUAUUGCAAUAUUAGCAAUAAAAGCAUUAUAUUCUUAAGGUGGAUAUACAUUGAGCAAGGAAACAACAAACCAACAGCAAAUGCGAAUGUUUGCUGUUAAAGUUUGGAAGACACUGUAAUAAUUGUGAAUCUUCGUCAGUCUUUAAUUCGCUUAUGAGGUGAUGAGCAUCAAAGAAAUCUUGCACGCGAUAUAGAUGACAAUACAAAUGUUUGGUUCAAUGCAAAUAUUUGGUAUAAAGAAAGGAAGGGAUGAAUACAAUAAAAUAUGAAAAUUUGUAUUUGCUCUAUGUCCGCUCAGUGUAUACCCACUUUUAAAUGAUAGUAGCUUCCAUGGAGGAAAACCAGCGUAGUUCUAAUUUAAAAUAAAAAAAAGGAAAAAAAAUAGUGGGACUUGUGCAAAACUUGUGCGCGACAGGUGCCUAUGUUCUCGAAGAAAUAAUCCCAUGUAAAUACAUCAGAAUGACAAUGCUUUGUAUACACACGCACAGCAUAUUAUGGAAAUUGUUUACUGUUUUAUGUAAACUUCAAUAUCUCAAUGCUAUUAUUCUUAUUAUUACUGCUAUUUUUAUUUCUCUGCUUUAUUUCUGACUACUUAUCUUUUAAUUGUUAUUUUGAUUAUGUACUCGAGUAUGUAUACUCGAGUAUAAUUUAAUGUUAAUUAAACUUAUGCGAACAGUUUGUACAUUGAUAAUUUUUAUAGAACGAUACCAAAACUUAUGCCUUUAAAAGGCGUGGCAAUUUAGUUUUUUAGAAAUUUUAUUAUAAAAAUUAUGAUGUCACAUCACAUUUUUAACCUUUAUACGUAACUAAAUGUAACUGAAAAAAGUUAGUUACAAAAUCAUUGCAAGAUCUGGUUCGUAUUACUCCUAUUGUGCCUAUUUAUAAUGUUAAAUAUUAUUAGAUGAACACAUGUCUGUGUUGAUGUUCAUCAUUGGCAGAUAAAAAAAAAAAGUCUAAUUUGUGUAAAUUCUUUAAAUUUUGAAACGUGCGCGCGCGCGCGUAUGGAGGAGAUAUCAGACACAAUGAAUUGAACUGGAGUAACAAUGCAAAUCAUUAAAAUAAUAAAUUUGCAAAGUAUAUAAUAUUAUAGUAUGAAAUUGUUAAAAGUAUUGGUUAAUGGUUACUCAUAUAAUGAAAACUUCGUAUUAAUAAAAAUUUAAUAUUUAUAA